AUGGGGGCUCAACGGCCUGUUGAACUUAGUCCACAACGGUGGAUUAUGAUACAAGAGCUACUGUACCUGGUACAAGAGUAUGCUGGUCGGGUUCAUUCCGAAUUUCCCGAGCCAAACCUUGCGCCAGAGCAGAUUGCCGCAGCUGAGUCAGAAGACUCCGCCGGUUUCUGGGGGAAAGCACACGAGCUUAUCUUCUUUUAG